CAGAGCCGAGCCUGUAUUCCGAAAAGCCGCUGAUAACAGCUGCGUUAUUAUGAUUUAUUUUCUCUUUUUUUCCCACUGCUGUUAAUCUUUAUAUUAUAAGGUCUGUAAAUGUUUGUUCACCCGCACAAUAGAGCCUCUGGUGUCAGAUUCUCCCACAUUUGAGAAAUGCGACCUGCUCCUAAUGGACGUGGACACAAAAUGUAGCAAUGACACCUCUCUCUGUCCAUCCUAUGAAGAGUCAUCAGGCACACUUGCCCUCAUUAUAAUCCCUUCCCUGUUGGCUCUGAGCACGGUGUUAGUGGUGGCUCUGAUUUUUUAUGCUCUAUGUAAAAAUAAAGAACGACGACACAGGACUUCACCUCAUUUUAAAAAUGGCCAGCAGAUUGUAUCCCUGUCUACAGCUUCUGUAGGUCCUCCAAAGGUCCCGGCAGCUUUAGAUCCCUGGGAAAUCCCAGAAGAGUGUGUUCUUGAGGGACUAGAGUUUUGGCAGACUGGUUGCUAUGGCCCCAUUUGUAAAGGUCUGCUGAAGGAGAAAGGUGGAGCCUCCUCUGUCGUGGUGGUUAAGUGCCUUCGAGAUGCCUCUGGCAAGCCUGAAGCUAAAGAAUUUGUUGAGUGGCUCCUCUUCUGUGCUUCAGUGUGUAAACAUGAAAAUGUGGUGCAGAUGCUGCACUGUCAGACCAAACGUCUACCCAUGUACCUGGUUUUAGAUGCCCACAACCCAGGGAAUCUCCUUCACUUCCUCUGGACACUUAGAAAUAACAAUUUAAGCACUGCAGAUCCCUCGCAAAACUUCUCUGAGAGGUCAGUGUUUCUGGUGGCAAAACAGAUUGCAGCUGGCCUGGAUUACCUGAUGUCAGAGCACAGGCUGGUGCAUGGUGAUGUUGCUGCCAGAAACAUCUUAAUUGGCCCAGGCCUCUCGGCUCGAGUAUCUGGCCUGGGCGUGGCAUUUGAAGGACGCAAAAUGGAUUCAGCAAUUAGACAAAGGGCAGCAAAGGUGCCAUUGAAAUGGCAGGCUCCAGAGCGGAUUAUGAUGCUGCUCAGCAUCGACAGAAGCGACGUGUGGUCAUUUGGAAUCCUACUAUAUGAACUGAUCACUUUAGGAUCCCCUCCAUACCCUGAGCUGGAGCCUUCAACAGUGCUUCCAAAGCUGCAGGCGUCUUAUCGAAUGAAGAGACCAAAGAACUGCGGUGGACUUUUGUAUGACCUGAUGAAGUACUGUUGGAUGUGGAGCUUCAAAGAGCGACCGGCAUUUUCAGCCAUCAUCAAGCUGUUUGAGUCCUCGCUGCACAUUGCUAAUACAACGCCGAUUUAUAUUUCUGAGGUCGUUGACAUAACUGAAUAUAAGAGAAUGGCAGGACUGAUCGAAUAGACCUACGCUCAUCCGCCACUUUCUUGGGUAUACUUGUUGUUGGGGGCACAACAACAGGUGCUGGUUGAUGCAGUUAUUGAAUCAGCUAAUCACAUGGUAGCAACUCAUUAAAUUUAGGCAUAUAAGAAAUGGUGAAAAGUCUUUCUGAAAUUCAGACCAGAAGAAGAAUCAGAAGAAACUAUCACAUUUUGACUUUAAACAUGAUGUGAUUGCCAGAUGAGCUGGUUUGAGUGUUUUACUAGGAUUUUACUAUUUUACUAGAAAAAUAAAGAUACCCAGUGGGGGUGAAAAUGCCUUACUGAUGACAAAGGCCAGAGGACAGGUUGCUUUGAGAUGAUAAGAAUACAGCAGUAACUCAAAUAAACUAUAAAUAAGCCAAGGAAUGCUGUGAAGGCACAAUACACCAAACCCUGGAGUCAAUGAGCUGUAGCAGCAGAAGACCACACCAGAUGCCACUCCUGUCAGCUCAGGAAACUGAGGCUACAUUUCACACAGUCUCUCCAAAGGUGUACAACAAAAGAUGGAAAACUGUUGCCUGUUUGAUAAGUGUCAGUUUUUGCUACAAAAUUUAAAUGGUAGGGUCAGAAGUUAGUAAAAAAACCCUCUAAAGUGUCUUGUAUCACCUCGAUAGCCUGCUGGUGAUGUAAUGGUGUCGGGCGUAUUUUCUUGGAACCCUUUUUGCUUCUUAGUACCAGCUGAGCAUCAUUUAAAGGCCACCUGAGUAUUGUUGCUAACCAUGUCGAUCCCUCUAUGACUACAUUGUGCUUGUCUUCUAAUGGCUGCAAUGCUGAAAACCUCAAGUCAUCUCAAAAAUGUUGUUUUUGAACUUGACAAUGAGUUCUCUGUAUUCUAGUGGCCCCCAGUGGCCACUAACUCUAAAACCAGUAGAACCCCUUUGGGACGUGAUGGCCCAGAAAAGCAUCAUACAUGUGCAGCCAGAAAAUCUGCAGCAACUGUGUGAUGCCAUCAUAUCAAUAUUGACCAGAAUCUCUGAGGAAUGUUUCCGGCACCUUGCUGAAUCUAUGUCAUGAAGAAUUCUGAAGGCAAAAGGGUAAAUUGUCCAGUGAGUGUAUGGUAAAUAUGUCAGUAACAUUCACAUUAGAGAUCAAUCACGAUUUAUUAAUAACCGUGUAUGGGUUUAGUUGAGACGUUGAUAGCAAUCCGACAUGUUAAAAGUGACUACAGGAGUUCUAACAUUUCCAGUUCAGUAAAAAUAAUGAAUCAAGACAAUAAUUCCAAGUAUUAUUUUUUUUAUUAAUACAGCCUUGUUGUCAAAUUGUACAGAUCUAAAAGCACAGAUUUUAGUAAUACUUGAGAACUUUUCCACUAUCUUUGGGCAAAGUACAGUUUUUGUAUCUAUAAUGCUCUUGGCAUGCAGACAUUACUGUGACUUUACAGUUUCAAAACCAGAAACACCCAAACAGAAAAGCUGAAUCCACCAAUGAAUGACAAGUAUAUCUGCGCUCAGUUCACUGUCGAUUUUAAUCGUAACACUGGUUAUCGUAAACCAUGUCGAGAAUGAACUACAGUGAUUUUAAAUCAUAACUGAAUCAGAAAA